AUGUCUGCGGAUUUGUUAGCCGAGUUUGGGCAAGGCUCUGCAGCUCCGCAAACCCACGCGGGUCAACCCCGGAUCAAACCACCGCAAACCUUACUGAUAGACGACUUCGAUCAACCUUCGUAUGAAUCUCCCAAUGAGUCUGCUGGGCCAUCGCAUGGCUGGCUGCGUACUUCCGCUCCAAAAGUCCCAGCGACGCAGGCUAUACCUCCAGCUCCACAGCAACCACCAGGCUUCGAGUUCUUCAAUCUGCCUCGGCAAGAUAACAGCGACGUGCUUUUCGACGCAGCGGUUGACGAGCCCGCUGGUGACGACGAAGAUGAUUGGGGAGACUUUGAAGGACCACAGUCUACUCAAGUUGCCGAACCAGCCCCAUCCGUCUCUGUAUCAAAGACUCAACAUGCGCCGAUAAUACAAACAUCUGCUACAAUAGACCUGUUGGACUCCUUGUCAAUCGCUGAUCCCCCUGCGAAACCGACUGCGAAGCAAUUACCUAGCCAAACAACCGAGAGGCAGCAUCCAACCCCCGCCGGUAAAUCUCAGUCAGACCCCGGAUGGGACGAUAACCCAGACGACGACUGGGGCGACUUCACAGAUGGCCCAUCUAUAGAACCAGUCUCGACACAGCGUACACCCAAAUCCACACCCAAGCCGGAACCGAAACCAACUUCGGAGAUCGGGACGAUUUCACCGACGGACCAAGCACAACACCACCAGCACUCAAGCCCAAGCCCACCCCCCAAAAUCUCCAGCAAACCCAAAACGAAAACCAAAUCCGUCUCCGAAAGCACAACCCCAAGCCCCAACAUCUUCACAUCCCGAACCACCGUCAAGUCCCCCGAAAAUGUCCGCCCAACCAACAUCCCACCCCCAUCUGUCCUCCUCGACCUCCUCACAACAAGCCUCACGAACCUCCAAAAAGAAGCCACAAGAGCUAAGCAGCCCAGCGCAUCCCCCGCUUUAAAAUCCACCACUGCAGCAGCCAUAUCAACCACCCUCAGCACCUGCGCUCGCAUAAUCGCCGGCCGCCAACUCCGCUGGAAACGCGACAGCUUCCUCGCGCAAAGCAUGCGAAUUGGCCCCGCGCAGGGCCGCGGCAUGAAACUUAACACCUUAAACAAGCACGAAGACGUCAAAGAGGCGCAAGACGCGGUCGUUGUGCUAGAGCUGUGGCGCGAGCGGGCGCCCCUCUUUAGCUCAAUUAUGCAGGGCGCGGGAUUGAAGCCUGUGCCUGUUGUUGCGGAUCCCGGGGCGCUGAAGGUUGUUACGGCAAGGGCGGAGCAAGGGGCCAUCAAGGCUUCGCAUGGCUGUGCACUUUGUGCACUGAGGAGGGAUGAGCGUGUGUUGAGGGUUGAUGAGGAGGUGAACGAUAGUUUUGGGGAGUGGUGGACGGAGCAUUGGGGGCAUACAGCUUGUAGGGGGUUUUGGGAGGAAAAUAAGCAUUUGCUUUCGCAGAGAUGA